GUUCAACCUCCCAUCGUCCUGUCCCCGCAUCAUGUUCCGCAUAGCUCGCCAGAUGGUCCUAAGACCUGUUCUGGCUCGCUGCAACUCUUCUGCUAUCAUUCCUCAGGCACCGAAUUACCCCUCGACUUGGUCGGCAGAUCAGAAUCCACGACCAGCUCCCACCUCCGGACCACGCUUUGAGCAGGUUGUAUACGAAUUGCAACCCAAUCCUCCCAGUGCAAUGGCACUCGUUGCUGAGGAUCCUAUCCGGUUGGUGAACGGCAGGAAAGCUGUUUGUGAUGGAGGCGGAGGACCUCUUGGCCACCCCAAGAUUUACAUCAACCUGGACAAGCCUGGUCCAAGGGCAUGUGGUUACUUUGGCAUUCGAUUUGAAAAGAAUCCGGAGCACGGUCACGGACACCAUUAACGGCCGACAGCUAAUCAUCGGCGAUCAGUACCCUGAACGAUUAAUUACGAAUGAGGAGACCUCGGCUGAUGAAACUGUUUCCGGUGGGGGAGACCUGCAUGUUCGAGAUAGGGUUGUUUUAAUUGCAAUCAGCUCGCAGUCGAGUAACAGAGCAGUAAAUCAGACAGACAUCGCUAAG